ACAUUCACCCCCAUCAUCUUCUCUCUCGAAUCAUCCAUCGAGCGUUCUUCCAAGACAAAAAUCCAUUCCUCGAAAACAAGAAAAACCCACAUUGAAUCUUUCUUUGUUUCAUGAAAACAUUUCGAAGAACAACACCAACAUGCCUUAACUAAUGCAAAUCUGGAUUCUUUUUUCUCUCUCUCUUGAACCCACCUACAUUUCCCCUUUUUCUCUCUGUAAAACAUGGUAGUGAAGAUGAUUAAAUGGAGGCCAUGGCCGCCGCUUCUAUCAAAGAAAUUUCAGGUGAAAUUGGUGGUGAAGAAGAUGGAAGGAGGAAGUGGUGAUCCUGAUCCUGAUCCUGAGAAAGAUUUUCUAAGGGCUGUAGAGGUUCGAUGGAAGGGACCCAAGAGUACAUUUAGGAGAACAGUGAAGAGGAAUUUUACAAAGGAGGAGACAGUUGUGGAACCAAACGGUGUCGUUCAAUGGGAUGAAGAAUUUCAUACUAUCUGUACCCUUUCUGGGUAUAAAGAGAAUGUCUUCUAUCCUUGGGAGAUUGGAUUCACUGUCUUGAAUGGACUAAGCCCAGGGCCGAAGAAUAAGGUUCCUGUAGUUGGAACAGCAUCCUUGAACCUUGCUGAUUAUGCCUCUGCAGGUGAAGAAAAAGAUUUUGAGCUGGAUAUACCUCUUACUGUCCCCUGUGGAGCAACUGAUUCUCCCCCUUCGCUUCACAUAUCACUUGGAUUAGUAGAAUUGAGAGCUGCUCAAGAAUCAGCAGAGUCAAUGCAGAAUCAAAGUCAAAUAACAGAAAAUUCAUCUGGAGAAAAGGAUGAGCUUUCUGCACUUAAAGCUGGAUUAAGAAAAGUCAAGAUCUUUAAGGAUUAUGUGUCAAUCCGGCGUGCCAAAAAAACUUUGCAAGAAGAUGAUCAUGAAAUCAGUGAAAGCAGGAGCGAAGAGGGUGAUUAUAACUACCCUUUUGAUUCAGAUUCGCUUUCUGAAUCCGAAGAAAGAGAAGUACACGAGAGUAAAGAGGAGGAUGCUACUUUUAGGAAGUCGUUUUGCUACGGCACACUGGCGAAUGCAAAUUAUACCGGAGGGUCUCUUUAUGAGAACAGUGUUUACUAUAGUUACCGUAAAUCUGAUGUGGGUAGUUCUCAGAAAGAGGAUCCGGAUGCUUCUGUUUUGGAAGGGUAUCUCGUUCAGAAUUCAAAACGAAGCAUCUUACCAUGGAAGAAGAGGAAACUUAACUUCAAAUCACCAAAAGUUAAAGGGGAGCCAUUGUUAAAGAAAGCUUAUGGUGAAGAAGGUGGAGAUGACAUUGACUUUGACCGACGACAACUCAGCUCCGAUGAAUCUCUUGUUAGGUGGCACAAGGCAUACGAAGAAUCUUCUGCGAACCAAUCCUCAAUAUCUGAGUUUGGGGACGAUAGUUUUGCUGUUGGAAACUGGGAACAGAGGGAAAUAAUCAGCCGCGACGGGUACAUGAAACUUCAAGCGCAAGUCUUCUUUGCUUCCAUUGAUCAACGCAGUGAGCGAGCUGCCGGAGAGAGUGCCUGUACCGCCCUGGUGGCAGUGGUUGCUGAUUGGUUCCAAAAUAACCACAAUCUGAUGCCGAUUAAGUCCCAACUUGAUUCUCUCAUUAGGGAAGGCUCUUUAGAAUGGAGGAACCUAUGCGACUACGAAACAUACAGAUCACAGUUUCCCGACAAGCACUUUGAUCUCGAAACCAUCAUCCAAGCCAAUGUCCGCCCUAUCUCCGUCGUCCAAGAGAAAUCUUUUAUCGGGUUCUUUCAUCCAGAUCAAGUCGAAGAGGGCAAAUUUGACUUUUUGCAUGGAGCAAUGUCGUUUGAUGGCAUGUGGGAUGAGAUUAGCCAUGAGUCGGAUGGUCUUACCCAUGGUGAACCCCUGGUCUACAUUGUGAGCUGGAACGAUCACUUUUUUGUGUUGAAAGUGGAACCCGAAGCUUUUUACAUAAUUGACACUUUAGGGGAGAGGCUCUUCGAGGGAUGCAAUCAAGCUUACAUCUUGAAAUUUGAUCGAAACACGACAAUCUACAAGAUACCCGUCUCAGAUUCAGUCGAACAGAGGCCUGCCGCUGAUCGAUUCAGCAUUUCGGAGGAUCUUGGUGAUGAAGCAGUGAAAAAUGAGAGUGAAUUUGAGGUUAUUUGCAAUGGAAAAGAGUGUUGUAAAGAGUACAUCAAGACUUUCUUGGCUGCAAUUCCUAUUAGGGAAUUGGAAGCAGAUAUCAAGAAAGGUUUAACCUCUUCUAUACCGGUUCAUCAAAGACUACAGAUAGAGUUUCACUACACUCGGUUACAACCGCGAGCCAUGGAUGAUCUGGUCCAGGUCAGCAGCCCAGUCAGCGCCAUGUCAUCACCAGUGGUUGAAGGUGCACAAACUGAGAUUGCCACAUAGAAGAAUGUUGCAACUUUUAAGAGUAUAUGCCAGAAAUUUUUAAAGGGUUAAACUAACUUUGUCUUACCCUAACCAUGGUUAAAGAUUGUUCUUUUAGGUUCUUAAUUGGGUUUUUCUCAAAAAAGAAAAAAACCCAGAAUUUUUUAGGGUUCUUACUAGCAGAAGUGGUUUCAUAGUGUUUGACUUGACUCCCCAACCCCACCACUUUGUUGUUUUCUUGUUUCUUGAAAAGGGCAUAGUUCUGUUAAAGCUAACUUUGUGAUCUCUUUUGGUGCAAAUAUCCAUUUGACUGUUU